UUAGCAAGAGGCGGGUCUUAAUUGGCUGGUAUCUGCGAGCCGUGGGUCAACUUGCCGAGCUGCGGCCCCGGCCUAGGCACGAUCCCUAAUCUCUAAAGCAGCCCUCUUGGACCUGCGGCCACAGUCUCACGCCAUGGAUCGCCAUCUCUGCACGUGCCGCGAGACCCAGCUCCGGAGUAGCCUCCUGUUCCCCCUGUUUCUACUAAUGAUGCUGGCAGACCUGACGCUCCCGGCCCAUCGUCACCCCCCGGUGGUGUUGGUGCCUGGUGAUUUGGGUAACCAGUUGGAAGCAAAGCUGGAUAAGCCAAAGGUUGUACACUACCUUUGCUCCAAGAAGACGGACAGCUACUUCACACUCUGGCUGAAUCUCGAACUGCUUCUGCCUGUUAUCAUUGACUGCUGGAUUGACAAUAUCAGGUUGGUUUAUAACAGAACAUCUCGGGCCACCCAGUUUCCCGAUGGUGUGGACGUGCGUGUCCCUGGCUUUGGGGAAACGUUUUCUAUGGAAUUCCUAGACCCCAGCAAGAGGAAUGUGGGUUCCUAUUUCUACACUAUGGUGGAGAGCCUCGUGGGCUGGGGCUACACACGGGGUGAAGACGUCCGAGGUGCUCCCUAUGACUGGCGUCGAGCCCCAACGGCAGCCACAAGCCUGGAAGGACAAGUAUAUCCAUGCCUUCGUCUCACUGGGGGCGCCCUGGGGGGGCGUGGCCAAGACCCUGCGUGUCCUGGCCUCAGGAGACAACAAUCGCAUCCCCGUCAUUGGGCCCCUGAAGAUCCGGGAACAGCAGCGAUCUGCCGUCUCCACCAGCUGGCUACUGCCAUACAACCACACAUGGUCACGUGAAAAGGUAUUUGUGUACACACCCAAGACUAACUACACGCUCCAGGACUAUCACCGGUUCUUCCAGGACAUCGGUUUUGAAGAUGGCUGGUUCAUGCGGCAGGACACAGAAGGGCUGGUCGAAGCCAUGACGCCACCCGGGGUGGAGCUGCACUGCCUGUAUGGCACUGGGGUUCCCACGCCCAACUCUUUCUACUACGAGAGCUUUCCUGAUCGGGACCCCAAAAUCUGCUUUGGUGAUGGUGAUGGCACAGUGAACCUGGAGAGUGUCCUGCAGUGCCAAGCCUGGCAGAGCCGCCAAGAGCACAGAGUGGCAUUGCAGGAGCUGCCGGGAAGUGAACACAUUGAGAUGCUAGCCAAUGCCACCACCUUGGCUUAUCUGAAACGUGUGCUUCUGGAACCUUGAUGUCCUAUGCCAGGCAGGGCUGCUGGAUGGCUGGACCACGGAGCUUCUCUUGGCCUCUGACUCUUUCAUGGUCUACAGGCUUGGCAGAGUUUGUGACCCUCAUUCAAGGUCCUAAGUCCCAGGAGGCAUCUGCCUCGGGGGGAAUGCUAUUUCUCAACCUUUCUUCUGUAGAAUGGCCGUGUAGAAGGAAGAAGUGAGUGUGGACAUUUGAAGGAGAGACUGCUGCUACUGCUGCUGAAUUGUGACCUCACACUGGCUCUGGAGGCUGGCUUGUUUGGCCCCUCACCCCAGUCCCUAACUUGGGUUGUGCAAUCCUCUUAGCUCUCUGGUGUUUCUACUCUAGUUCACUGGGCCCUAACCUUCCCUUUUGAGGGAUGUUAGUUAUUGAGUUGAUGUCCUGCCAUGAAAGAUUCCACAGAGAUCCCCGGGUGACCUUCCCACGCACCGGCCUCAGGUAACCCACUACACAGGACACAGGUGGCUAGAGCUGCUGGCUUCCCUGUGACCUCGCUGGUGGACACUGAGUGUGGGGUCUCUUGGAGGCUGUCGGGUAAGCCCCUGCAGGCAGGCAGGCCAGUUGGUUGUGUUGUCUCCGUGAUCCUUCCAGGCUGGGUUCUUUACCGUCCGCUCCUACCUCUCAUUUAGCAGCAUCUUAGUUCUGGACUGGACAGCAGAGGACCUCUCAAUUCUUGGGGGCCAUGUCCUGGGAUUCCUGAUCUCCCAACUUGUGACGAAGGUCCCAGUACUGAAGCUGGCUCUGUUGGUUCUGGGACAGUAGUUUAAGGAGAGGGGGCGGGGCUUACUGCCUUCUUUGAAGGUUCCUAGGAAGAAAGUGAGCUCAAGGGAAUAGCCACCGUUGCUUAGAGCUUCCCCUGAGUCACCUUUCUAGAACUCCACCACCAUGGUGCACCCCGCUGUGGGGUCUUUCUACCAUCCACUUGGGCUGGCACAGGGUUGAGAGGUGGUAGAGUUCCUGCCCAACACUUGCUACCAGCAGGCAGCUGAAUGGGUUUUGGUUUGCAGGAAACAGUCCAGAGCUUUGAAAAGGCUCCCAAGAGAGCUAGGAACUUAGAGUCCCAGCUAGGGGGUGUUGUUUGUUUGUUUGUUUGUUUGCUUGCCCCAGAGAUGCCACAUGGUCUCUGUGUGACAGCAGGGAUGGGGAAUCUGGAACUGCCUUGGGGACAGUGAACCUGACUAUGGGCUUGGGUCAGCUUUUAAGUUGGGGGUCUCAAAACCACUUAGAGGCUGGACCACACUGCCUUCGCAUAUCGUUUCUGGCGCUGGACUUCCCUUGUUAAGCACAUUCCUAUCAUCUGUCCUUCACUUGAGUGGUGGGACCCCCCCCACUUGGGGCCCUGAGCAAACUGUACCUCGAUUUUGGCAAUAAAAGUAUUCUGGAUGCUGUAAGGUCCUGCUCUGAGCACGGGAGGAGGGAGCCAUGGUGUCUGAAGGUGCUGUGGAGGUGGGUCCCUGGUCUGUAACUUUACUGGGGCCUUAGCCUUCGCUGUAUCCUUUUUGUCCUCUUCUCUGGAAUCGCUAGAAUCGAUUUCUCCACUGGGACCAAGAAACAGACCCAGAAUUGUGUCUCUUGGAGUUGGGUGCCUGGCCGCUGCUUCUCCCUGGUCAGCAGUGUGAUGCCUGGCUUCUCCGGUGCCUGUCUGGGUGCACCAGGCCUUUUUGCCCGCUACACUUUGAAUUUAAAGUUCAUUUUAGGAGGUCACCUUUUCCAGAUUCAGCAUCUUAAUCUGCCUGCCUUCUGAGUCUGAAUAGGAAGCCAUACAAAGAGAUCAGACACAGGCCCUGCUACAGCUUCACCAGAAGGCCUUUGCUUCCGAUACCCGGAAACUAUUGCCAGCCCUGAAAACCCAGGAGAGGAAGACAUAGAGGUUCAUAGUCUCCUGUGAGCUUCCUUGUUCUCAAGAAUUCUAGCAAGAGGGAGAGACUAACUUAGGGAGGGAUGAGUAGAGAUGAUGACUAAAACAUAGGAGCACAUGGAGAUAGACAAGGGAAUGUCUGAAAUAGGGAAGCAUGCAGAGGAAUUGGGUCCCAGCCUGAACUUUGUGGUGUAAGAAACCAUUCAAUACCAGUUUCCAUUGAGUUGGCCAGACUAGAUUCCAGGUGUUGCUAUACUCAGGGGGCCACUAGAGGGCGAUCUAAGACUCACUGUACCGAGUGUAAAGCGUGGAAGGAAGGGGUGGUCAAGAAGGGGAAUGAGGUGUGGACACACAAGCCCUGCGGUGCCUGGCCCAAGUGAAAGGUUGAUAACGUGAAAAGUGUCACUUGCAAGUCCUACCUAGCUUGGCCCUUACUUACCCACCAUGCCAUCUUUCGUGAUAACCUUGCAGACAGCUACUCAUUCAUCCCAAAUCUUUUUAUGUCCAUUGGCGGUUUAACUGCAAGGGUGUCAGAUCACUGGGAAUAGGGGAUAAAGUCAUGAGCUGACAUAUGGGUGCUGGGAAUCGAACCCAGGUCCUUGGGUAGAGCAGGUAGUGCCCUUAACUGCUGAGCCCUCUCCACAUACACCCUUCCCCAUUCCAGCUCUUUUUGAGCCCUACGGGUACCUCAGUUUCAUAGCUGCAGAGAAGGUAUUCUGCCAGCGUCAGCCCAUUUGCUUGGGUGGCCUUUUGACUUCCCUGAGCCUCAGCUUCCUUAUCUGAUUGAUGAGGAUAAAUAUAUCCUGCAGGGCACACCCACAGACCAAUAAUGCUGAUGUUGGAAAGCCUUUGGUCCCUGGUCCGGUGUCUUGUACAUAGUGGGCCAAGCAGAUUCCCUAUGUGGAUGGGAGAAGGCAAAGCUAGAGAUCUCCCUGGAAGCCAGAUUUCUAUAUAUAGCAAGGACAAAUGGGUGGCUCUCACUGAAUGGACGGAGAUGCUGGAAGGACUGAUUCCAGAAGUGAAGGGUCAGGCUCAACUGUCCUAAAUCUAUGCAGGCUCACUUAUUCUUCCAGAAGGUGUGUAAGGAUGUAAGGGUGCUCAGGCUGCAAUACCUACAGCAGUUCCCUCCCCCAAAUACUAACAGUCGCUGCCUGAUUCGUUGUCUGUGCAUCUCUAGGUAACGAACGGGGUUUCUCAGGUGGGAUAGGGAGAGUGAAUAUCAAAGAAGUAUUGGUGGUCUCAUAUCCUGCUCCCCACCCCUUACACCCCCUACCCUUCCUCUUGCCAGAAAAUCAGAGUCUGGCUGCGGGCUUGUGCUGGGGAACCUCCCUCAUCCUCAGAAGACCUGUUGGAUUCCUGUCUUUAGACCCUGCCAUGCUCCUCCUUUGGAGCUGGAACCUGAACUCAGGGCCCCAUUGAGCUGCAUCAGAGACUCUUCAAGGGUUCUAAGAAGAGAACCCAAAAGGGGCAGCACCAACAAGGUCUUCGAGGACUCCAUCCUAUGCCUAUAGGUUGUUAACUUCCUAAGAAACCUGGGACAAAAGGCUGUGGUUCCUAUUAACAUAUUAAAGCAGAGGA